UUUGUUUUUUCUUCAGGAAAUGGCUUGUGGAAUCUCGGCUGCUUGUCGGGGCCCACAAACUGAGCGACAAAAAUUCUGCUUUAAAAUCUUUGAUAGGGAUCGGGAUGGGAAACUCUCUAAAGAUGAAUUAACUGCCAUGGUUCAGGCUCUUCUACUUUUACGAGACGAAGAACAUGUGGAAGGCAGUGACGAUGUGUGUUUGGGUGUUUCCCCAGACUGUGUCCAGAGACUAGUAAGAGAAUUAUUAGAAAACCACGAUCCAAGCAACUCAGGAUUUGUGACACAAGAGGAAUACCUUAUGUGGACACUACACAACCUACUCUCCACAGCUCUACUAGACAUUAUAUUCCAGGUGUGCCAUAUUGUGCUUGGCUUGAAGCCUAGCACUCGUGCAGAAGAAGGAGAGAUUGUUCUUGGUUGGUUGCGAAGAGCAGAGACCAAGUCUCUAACAAUUGGCCAGUUUUGGUAUAUUAUUAAUAUGGAAUGGUGGAAUCUUUGGCUUGAAUAUGUUAAUCAUCAGUCCCCUGGAUCAGACAGCAGUUCUUUAAGUCCAUCGUCACACAGCAGUUCACCUGCCAGUUCUCAGUGUGGCUCUCUCAAGCGCACCAAACUACAAAAAAAAUCUGCAAAUUCAGAGGGAACUGUUGCCUCUGAUGCAAGCCAAUGCAGUAGUACGUCGAGCCCCAGUCACUCGCCCCGACUAACUCGACGUGCAGCCACCAGUCCAGGACCACUGCUGGUCCCUUCACGACCACCUGCCAUUGAUAAUUCUCCUCUCGUUGAGCCAAACACAUCAAAAGUAAUGCUUUUAACUGGUGAGGGUGGGCGGUUAAAGCGAAAUGUUCCCCUUGUUCAGGGUCGUGACUUUGUGCUUGUUCCUGAUUCUCUAUGGAAAGCUCUUCAACAAUGGUAUGGAGGAGCACCUGCCCUUCCUAGACAGGUUAUUCAUGGACGAUCUAGUGGAGAAGUGGAAUUGGAGUUAUACCCUGUAACACUACGGUUGUUCCGCCACGUGCAGCAGCAGACCAGAACACCAAACAAUUCAUGGGUUGGUGUUGUAGGUGGCUAUGGGGCAGCAGCCUUAAAUUCAGCUCCAUAUUAUGUGACAUCUUUACCACACUCCACAUCAUCCCCAAAGCGAUAUUUGGCAUAUUUAGCAGCAUUUAGCCGCUUGGCAACUUUACGACAGGUAUAUGAUUACUUGGCUACAAAAUUACGAUUACGCAUCGAGGACAUAAGGCUGUGGUAUGUGCGUGAUGAGCCUGCGGGUAUGAUUUUGCUGGAAGAAGAAGAUACAACUUUGGAAGAAGUUUGUGUUGCUGAUCUUGCUCAGGUAUUAAUUGAAGUGAGAAAUAAAGACCUCACAUGGCCAGAAGAAAUGAGUCAGAUUGCUUCCACCAGAUUGAUGCGCACACAGUCCAGUCAAGGUGUGAAAGAGAAAGGAGUAACAGGACUGAAUAACCUGGGCAACACUUGUUUUCUUAAUGCUGCCCUUCAGUGCUGCUCCAACACGCAUCCUCUCACCACAUACUUCAUCAAUAACAUGCAUCUCUACGAGCUAAAUCCAGACAAUCCUUGUGGAAUGAAGGGUCAUAUGGCAAGACAAUAUGGAAAUCUAAUGCAAGAGCUGUGGGGUGGUGGCGCAAGAACUGUAGCUCCACUCAAACUAAGGUGGACAAUAGGAAAGUACAGUGGCAACUUCACUGGAUUUCAGCAGCAUGACUCCCAAGAGCUGCUUGCCUUCCUCCUUGAUGGUUUACAUGAAGACCUAAAUAGAGUUCAUAACAAGCCAUAUAUUGAACUCAAGGAUUCAGAGGGACGUCCUGAUACACUUGUUGCGCAAGAGGCUUGGGAGAAUCAUAUUCUAAGGAACAAAUCAAUAAUUGUCGACCUCUUUCAUGGCCAGUUGAAGAGUAAGGUUACUUGUCGAGUUUGUGGAAAUGAAAGCGCAAGAUUUGAUCCUUUUACUUACCUAACACUGCAGCUGCCCAUGGAGAGUUUUGUAUAUUUAGAGGUUAUAGUUGUUAAACUCGAUGGUAGUGUUCCUGUGAAGUAUGGGCUGCGAUUAAAUAGUGACAGUCGCUAUUAUGAUGUAAAGCAGCACCUUCACAUACUUACUGGUAUACCCCCACAUCAGAUAAUGCUCAGUGAACUGGCAAAUGCUCAGAUUAAGUAUAUUCCUAUGGAUGAAGGGCGUGUGAGGACAGUGUCUGGAAGUGCUCUCUUUGCUUAUGAGUUGCCCUCACCUACAUCAUUCCAUUCAAAUGAAGUGCGAUCUGCUAGCCGAAGUCCCCGAGACCGACAUGUAUUCACUCAUAUACAGCGUUCCACUCAUCAUAGUUCACCAUGCUUAAGAGAGGCAGUUAGUAGCCCAUUUCAUAGCAGUUGUACAACAGAAAGCAUAAUCUCCAGUCCCAGUAGCCUUGAACUCACAUCCAGCAGAACAAGUUUACAGUCUAGUCAUUUAUCAUCACAUCAGGAAACAGGGAGUAGUAGAGUAAUUGAGCACAAGGAAAGCAGCAGCAGUUUAACAUCAUCAACAGGUUCUUCUGGACCAUCAGCUUCAUCAACAUGCUCAUCAAUUCAGCAUGACAAUGAUCUUCAUAAUACUCACAAAGGAUUCAUUAUUGCCUUCCAUAGAAAAAUGAUGCGGCAAGAAGUGUAUUUCUUAUCAUCACAAAAGACCAGACCCAGUUUAUUUGGGUUGCCUCUUGUUGUUCCAUGCAGUACCUCAGCUACACAUCAGGAUUUGUAUCAAGGUGUGUGGACGCAAGUGUCCAGAUUAGUCUCACCACUACCUCCAACUGAAGCUGCUGUACCCAACCAUGCUCAUGAUUGUGAUGACAGCUUAGGUUAUGAAUUCCCAUUUGUGUUGCGUGUUGUUGAGCGGGAAGGACUGCAGUGUGCAUGGUGUCCUUGGUAUAGAUUUUGCAGAGGAUGUCAGUUGCCGUGUGAUGACAAUAAUUUCUCACAGAAUGCAGCUUUCCUUGCCAUUGAUUGGGAUCCUACAGCUCUUCAUCUGCGGUAUCAAACAGCUUUAGAAAGGGUGUUCAUGGUACACAGUAGUGUUGAAGAGAUGCGCCGCAAGCAUGUAGAACCUAUAGCACUAACAGACUGCCUAGAGGCCUUCUGCUCCGAGGAAACACUCGAGUAUUCCUGUGACAAAUGUAAAAAAAUUCAACAAGCGUCAAAAAAAUUACAAAUAUGGAGAUUACCCCCUAUUUUGAUUGUUCACCUGAAGAGAUUCCAGUUUGUGGGAAAUAAAUGGAUCAAGAGCCAGAAAAUAGUGAACUUUCCCUUGAGAGACUUCGAUCCAACGGAGUACUUGGCUUCUGUUCCCCGACAAACAAUAUAUCUUCAUCGAGCAGAGCUGGAGGGAGUUGAUCCAGUUGUGUAUAUGGCAAAUUUGCAAGAUAAAGAUAGUUUGUUUUUAGAAAUGGUGCCUGAAAAUAAGAUUAUGGAACAUGUUAAGGGAAACUAUGAUGAUGACUUCAUUAUGAAAAAUGGAAAAUCUUCUAUGAAUGGAACAGUAAAUGGAAGUAUCACAAGCACCACAACCAGUCUGAGCCCAGGGACUUACCAAGACGUAUCUCUUGGGGGUAACGAAGGAGGAAAUAAAAGACGUAUAAGAAAUGGUUCAGUUUUAUACGGUGAUACCCUUCAAGACUUCCACCAGCACCGCUUAGAGGAAGGAUAUGACCCACUCGAUCUCAAGUACAGCUUGUAUGCUAUUGCUUGUCAUACUGGAAUUAUGGAAGGAGGCCAUUAUGUCUGCUAUGCUAGGAACCCACAAGGAAAGUGGAUUUGCUUUAAUGACAGCAGCUGUAAGGAGGUAAAUGAAUCACAAAUCGAUCUCAAUUCUGCCUACAUGUUGUUUUACCAGCGUGAUGGCCUUAGCAUGGACAAAUACAUGCCCAAUGUAGAGGGUAAAGUACCUUUUCCAAAGGAAUUAGAUGAGGAAAGUGAGGCUGAAUACAAGAAGCAGUGCCGAGUGAUGUAAAGCAAUAAAAACAAAUGCCAGAAGCUGUGGGAUUCUGUUAGUCUAUAUUUUUCAUAGCUUUUUUGAGUUUGGGUUUACUAACCUCAUGUUAUUUAUGAUGAAAUGCCUAUUAUAAAGUAAGUAUGUUCUUCAUUCCUACCUAGACUAUUAUUUAAUAUAUUACAUAUGGUUACAUUGUUUUUCUCUUGUAUAUAAUAAUUGAACCUGUCCCAAAUGGUCAGGACAAAGAGCAUUUGAUAAACUAAUAUUUUUGCCUGAUCAAGAGUUGCUAUGGUAGCCUUACUAAGCCUCACCCCUUGGUCUUGACACUUCUACUACUCUCUUCCCUAUCACAAUUAUCAUUAUUUACACCAGGUAUAGAAUAAGACGUCUUAUCAGCCAUUACUGCAUAUUUAAUGUGUUGCUUAUAGUAAAAUAGCAAAGACACCAUCUGGCUGGCUUGUUGCAUGUAAACAAGCACACCAAGAUACAAAAUUUAUGAAAUUAUAAUAUGUAUUCUCUUGUUUUUAGUUAAAAGGUUUAUCAAAAUAUAUUAGGUUACUUAUCUCUUUUUAUUUCUUAAUGAUUAACAUACUGUAUCUAAAAACCUUAGACUUUAUAAAAUGAUGGCAAUAUCCGGGGUUGGUAAAUACCCACUGAAAUGAAUACAGAUUAAUAUAGGUAAAUACUGUUGCUAGAUAUUUAUUUUGGUUACACUUAUCAUUACAGAUAUUUUUCUUGUAAAGAAUUUACUGUACAUUGUUGCAUCUUACACAUCAGUAAUAGAGUAUAGUUAAACAACAGUUACAAGUGACAAGAUCCAGCAUGUAAAUAAAAAACUAAAAUACAAUUUUUCUAGAUUAAAUGUCUUUUUUUUUUUUUUAAGCUGUUUCUGUGAAUGUGCAUUAAAAAGUGUAGAAUGUGUUUGGGGAGAAGUAGAGUGUUAUUAUCUAGAAAUUGUUAUUAUUUUGCAUUAAAACUACAUUAUAGAAAGUGUGUUUUGUGAAGUGUUUAUGUGAGUUUAGAGACUCAUAACAUUGUCAUCCUUCUUGAUCAAUAAUAAGGUAUUGAUGAUCAAAACAAAGUAUUUGUCAGUGUAUUUUACCACAACUAUUGCAGUAUGCUACUAAAUGUUGCCACUUGUAGUGUUGUCUGUUAAUUUAUAUGACUGUGGAAUUUAACUUAAUAUUAAAAUGCUUCUCUGGGUUUGUUUCUGGGUAUAUCUGGAGUACAGUACCAUUCUCCUUUCCCAUUGUCUGAAUUUUGCAUUGAUGAAUGUAUUGAUCCAGGUGUUUUGUUGGCAAUCAUUGGUGGAUCCGAGAUGUGCAUUGCAGUAUCGGGUUCUGUCUGCGUCUUUGGCUGAUCCACAGGCUCUCUUUGCUCUUACCAUUGUCUCUUCUUUUGGAUAUGAAGUCCUCUACCUCCUGGCACUUUUCAUAUAGGUACUCUGUCAUGAGAGGAGCUUACAUAAGUGUUUUUACUCAGGCUGUUGGUACUGGAUUGAGUUGUAAAAAUGCCUGAUGUUAAUGCCUACUCAUCAUUGGCAAGAAAACUUUAAUAUAUAAUAAGUAUUCUAAGUUAUUCUAGAGCCUUAUUAUAACUUGUGUAUGGUACUGUUCCAUCUUCUGCAGCUGGAAAUUCAAUUCUUUCAUGGUAUUAUGCCAUUAUCUGAGAACCUCACUCCAGAUGUAACUGUUAUACCCCUCUUAAAUAACCCAUUUGUAAUACAAAUGACUGAAAAUUAAGCAGAAAUUUUGAUACGCAUUUUUUUGUGGAUAGAGGGGUCUUGGGAGUCCUGACACCUUUUUUUUUUUUUAGGUUACAGUAUAUUAAUUAUGUAUAUGCAGAUUCACUAUCCACAACCUUGCAGAAUGCUUUGCUCACAUGCAGAGGGUAUACAGUAUAGUAACCUAAAAAUUUUGUUGCUCUAUCUUGAGAUCAGAUCAUUUCAUAUAAUAGUCUAUUGUUUGCUCAACCCCAUACUCUUCCUGGAGGUUAGUAAUGCAAACUCUUUGAUAUAUUUUUUCACAGCUUCUUCAUUGUUUUACUUCGUCUUUGUUGAAUUAUUUUGUUUUCCAGUACAGUGGUACCUUGACUUAUGAGUGCCCCAACUUAUGAGUUUUCUGAGUUACGAGCCAUCGCUCGGCUGAUUUUUUGCUUUGAGUUGUGAGCCAAAAUCCGAGUUAUGAGCGAGCUUCAGAUACGCUUCAGAUAUAAUAAUAAAAUAUAAUAAUUGCUCUUUAGUGCUUUUAAUGUCAUACGUAUUUCGUAUAGGUUUGGUAGGUUUUGGCAGCCAAGACAGGACUCUCAGCAAUGGUUUCAAGUUGGAAAAAUUCAGAUUCAGGGAGGAUAUAGGAAAGCACUGGUUUGGUAAUAGAGUUGUGGAUGAGUGGAACAAACUCCCGAGUACAGUUAUUCAGGCUAAAACGUUGUGUAGUUUUAAAAAUAGGUUAGAUAAAUACAUGAGUGGGUAUGAUUUGAACCUGACUAGCUUGUGCUGCUGGGUCUGGUGCAGUGCUCCAUCCUUGAGUGGAGGUGACCAGACUAGGUGGGUCAUUGGGCUAAUCCGGGGGGGGGGGGGUGCAUGGACCUGCUCCGCAUGGGUCAGUAGGCCUGUUGCAGUGUUCCUUCUUUCUUAUGGUUUUAUGAUAUUUAAAGCAUUCCAGAGCGAUUAUUAUUAUUAUUAUUAUUAAUUAUUAUUAUAUAAAUUAUUAUUAUUAUUAUUAUUAUUAUUAUCACCAUUGACAUACAUUGUUCACCGAGUUUAAUCAUUGCUUAAUUAAGCUGCCACAAGAGACACCGAGAAUGUAAACACACAGAUGUACACCCCAGCUAACCCCUCUACUGUGAACUUCUUUUGUACUUCUUUCAUUCUUUGUUCUUCUUUCUCUUUGUACAAUAAAUACAGUAUUCAGCUCUCACCCUACAUUAAAACUACAAAUAUUUUAAGGUAAGUAAUAAGUGUGCUGUAUAUACAUUUUUUUUUUUUUUUUUUUUUUAACAAACCGGCCAUAUCCCACCAAGGCAGGGUGGCCCAAACAGAAAAACGAAAGUUUCUCUUUUUAAAUUCAGUAAUUUAUACAGGAGAAGGGGUUACUAACCCCUUGCUCCUGGCAUGUUAGUCACCUCUUGCAACACGCAUGGCUUACAGAGGAAGAAUUCUGUUCCACUUCCCCAUGGAGGUAAGAGGAAAUAAACAAGAACAGGAACUAGAAAGAAAAUAGAAGAAAACCCAGAGGGGUGUGUGUAUAUAUGCUUGUACAUGUAUGUGUAGUGUGACCUAAGUGUAAGUAGAAAUAGCAAGACAUACCUGAAAUCUUGCAUGUUUAUGAGACAGAAAAAAAGGACACCAGCAAUCCUGCCAUCAUGUAAAACAAUUACAGGCUUUCGUUUUACACUCACUUGGCAGGACGGUAGUACCUCCCUGGGCAGUUACUGUCUACCAACCUACUACCUAGAUACAUUGUAUAUACUACAAUAAAAUUGGGGUGGUUUUUUGGGUGCUGGAACAGAUUAAUGGCAUUUCAAUUAAUUUCAGUGAGGAAAAUUGAUUUGAUAUAUGAGCAAAUUGAGUUACGAGCUCGAUCACGGAAUAAAUUAAACUCGUAGGUCAAGGUACCACUGUACUGUGAAACCAGAUUUAAUGGAUUUCAGAUAUAACAGACAAAAUCUGUGGCCAGAUAACAUUAGAAAUUAACAGACCCUUUUUUAAAUCAAAAUCAUGUGUUACAGUUGUUGUGUGCUUGGUAAAUUUAUUUUUGGAUUUAGCAGACUAAGUAGGUUAAAUUUAGAAUUGUCCAUUACUGUUGCAGUCAUGAAAAAAUUAUUCUUACAAUUUUGAUUCAAUGAACAAUUGGCUUCAGUAGACACCCCCUUCUCCACUAUUAAUCCAUUAAAUUGAGGGUUCACUGGUACAUGCAUUGCUUUCUGCAGUUAACACUUGUGUAACCCUUUUUACACUGCCAUCUUCCUAAUCACAAUCACAAACAGACAGAAGAGAUGUAGAAAAACAUUUCCAGUCAUUUAUUACUGCAUAAUUACAGCAGGAUAAACAUAAAAAUAGCUAAGGCAUGCUAUCUAGUUCACCUGUGACUUGUAAACAAAGACCCUAGAUAAAGCUAAGGAAUGUAGGGCUACCACAGUAGCCCUACUUAUGAGUUUAAUGCUUAGUUAUGAUUAUAAUAAUAAUAAUUAAAGACUUCAUAAAGUAUGAACUAGUAGCUGAAGACUUUAAUUAUAAUGAAUUCCAUAUAUACAUUCAUACUCUACCUGUAUUUUUUCACUUAAUAAUCCUGCAGCCCUUUUCAUUCUAAAACAAAACAAGCUGGAUCCGAUCCUGAUUGUAAGACAAACUCUCAUGCAAAGAAACAAAAUUAAAAAACGUUCUCUAUAUGAGGGGAAGAUUUAAAAAUGCUAAAUAGAGUUCUUGGGUAACAUACAGCAUUAAAUAUUUUCUUGCAUCAGUCAUUGACAAUUAUUUUCAUAUAGCAUUCCUUAUUUUAACAUGUUUUAUAUACCCUGUACAGUGAUUUACAUAAUUCAGGAGUUACAUAAAAAAAAAUCGUCAACACCACCGUUUGGUUAAAAAUUAACUUUUUAGAGUGACACUGUGGAGGGAGAAGAUUAAGGAGUCAAGAAGCUGAGGCUGUAACAUGGAUAAGCAUGACUGGGAUCACAAAUGAAAUCUCAUCAAAUAUUUAACUACUACUUUUGAUUACUGUAAUUCACUGACUGCCCCAAUUUGACUGAAUUCUUGAGUUUGCGAACAGCUUGCUUACUUUUUUUUUUUUUUUUUUUUUAGCACAUCAGCUGUUUCCUGAGGCAGGGGUGACCCAAAGAGAAAAAAAAACUUUCAUCAUUCAGCACUUUCACCAUCAUUCAUACAUAACCACUGUCUUUGCAGACACACUCAGAUACGACAGUUUAGAUGUACCUCCAAACAGCCAAUAUCCCAGACCAUGGACUCUGUGCCAGUGCCUAUGAGUCACAUGUCCAUGGCAACACUAAACCAGAUUCAGGCAGACUUGUUAGCCACUGUGAGUCAGGUCUCAAUGCUGUUCUCAGUGCCACACCUGAAACCUCUGACCGGCUAACCGGUAACUUAGAAAUAUCAAUAUAUUGUAAUUUUAUACUUUUCAAGUAUAAGAAAAAUGACAUUGUAAUUUGUUUUUUCAAGGUAUCGAAUAAAAAUAUUUGCCAAUGAUAUAUGGAAGCAGAAUAUAUCUGGAGAUUUUAACAUUUACCUUAAGUAAAUAUGAGCAGAGAUAUUCACCAUGAGUGAACAUAAUGUCAAAAAAUGCUGUAUAUUUUGUCCUAGCUAGGUUUUUUUUUUUUUUUUUUUUUAAGGAAAUAUAUCAAUAAAUUAUUUGUGAUUUGAAUGACAUCAUUUACAUAGUAAUAACCAGUAAAGUGUGUAUCACGUAGAUCUAUGGCAUCACAUAUCUAUUGGGGAACUAGGAAUAACAUUGAUCAUUUAAUUUUUGCAGGCUUAAUUUAAGUGAGAGGUGAUAAUUUCUAUUGAGCAGACAUCUUUCCUUUUAGGCAAAUCAUGUAUAUAUGCAGUAAAGAGUAGAAUGUGCUUUAUGCCUCACCAAGAUGGUUGUUUAUAACAGUAAACAUAGUGGCCAGAGAAGCAUUGAGGUUUUGUAUUUAACAUGGGUUAUGAGCAACUAUCAUGAGAAUUUGAGAAAGAAGGAGCACGGCAGCAUUCCUACUGGCUCAUGUUACACAGGUCCAACUCGCACCCACCCACACAAUUGUCUAACCUAUUUUUAAGCUACCCAAGGUUUUUGCCUUGGUGACACUACUGGAGAAUUUGUUCCACUAAUCCACAACUCUUACCAGACCAAUACUUUAUAUCUUUUCUAAAUCUAAAUUUUUCCAACUUGAACCCAUUGCUGUGAGUCCUGUCAUGGUUAGAUAUUUUUAUUACAUUAUUUAUAUCCUCUCUAUUUAUUCCUGGCUUCCAUUUAUACUCCUCAAUCAUAUCCUAAUACUAUGCCUUUCCAGGGAGAACAGAUUUAGCACCCUCAGCCUAUCCCAGUAGGGAAGAUUUCUGAUAAAUGAGAUCAACUUUGUCAGUAAAUAUUAGGCACUGAGUUGCAUUAACAACUGCACACACAUACCUUGAUGCUGUGAAUAUAAAAUAAAGAUGUUAGGUAAAAGGACACAAGUGCAACUAAUGUGAUAUUUUAUUGCAGCAACGUUUCGCUUUCCAGGAGCUUUAUCAAACCAUAACGGCUUGAUAAAGCUCCUGGAUAGCGAAACGUUGCCACAAUAAAAUGUCACAUUAGUUGCACUUGUGUCCUUUUACCUAACAUAUUGUCGGUAACUACCAACAUUAACCCUUUCAGGGUCCGUCCCGUAGAUCUACGGCUUUACGUUCAGGGUCCAAACCGUAGAUCUACGCCAUGAGCUCAGCUCACUCUGAUAAACUGUGAGUGGUACAUUUGGGCCUAGAUGUGAGAGAAUACAUCUAUGUGGUAUGUGUGCACCACAUAAAACAGAUCCUGCAGCACACUGUGUAUAAUGAGAGAAAAAAAAUGAAAUCAUGAUUUUUCGAUUAAAACAGCAACUUUGCAGUGUUUUUUCGUAUGUUUUUUAUAGUUGUAUUUGCGAUUUCUUGGUCUCAUUUGAUAGAAUGAAAGACAUAUUACAGAAAUAGAGAUGAUUUUGAUUGGUUUUAGCACUGGAAAUGGCUUGAAACUGAGCUCAAAGUAGCAGAAAUGUUAAAUUUUUGCCGAUAUUCAAGAGUAAAUAAACGACCUCACACGUCUAAUACACUUCAGCUGGUGGGUCUAAUAUACAUUCACAAAUAUGGUGAUGAUAUUUAUACAAUUAUUACAGUAUUGCAAAGCAGUAAAUCUUCUAUUUUUUGGUGUGAAUAAAAAUUCAUUAUGUGAAUAAAAAAUCAAAAUGGAAUUUAUUUGUAAAGCCUCAAAACAUAAC